ACAGAACAGAUCCACGUUGCGGUACUCGCCACCUCCGUCCGUACGCAAGACGGACACCUUGCAGUUGAACUGCCGCUCGAAGUACACCAGGAAGCGCUCGAACAUCUUAGCGGCCAGGUCCUUCCUUUUUGCCACGAACACCCUGCAGUAGUUGGUGUGGUGGUCCACGAAAUUGAUCAGGUACCUGUUGCCGUUGCGAUCCGUAGGACGUUCUUCGACUGUUUGCCUUUCGCGCAUGUCAGGCAAUUAAUCCGGGCCCUGUCAGUCAGCUCGAUCCCAGAUCCCGAUGCGUCGGCCAUCCUCUCGACCGUGUCG